CUUGUCAAAGUCAGAGAAACUUCAAAUCAAACUGUCAAAAAAGCUUGUACCGGUCGCUAAAAGGCGGUAUUUAUUUACUGUUUUGGAUUAUUCAUAGUAAGAGUUUCAGUGAUUAUUCCAUGAUUAUUACACUCAAGAUUUAUUAUAUUCAAAUAGUGCAGUCGUCUUAAGUCAUUUUAGUGAAGUAUUGAUAUUACCAACGCUUGAUAACCUAACUGCACGAUCACGAUGGCAGACGACGACUUUAGUAAAUUACUGCAACAAGCGGAGCAGUUAACGACAGAAAUUGAAGGUAAUGAAGAGUUGCCGAGGGUCGAACGUUCCUUGGGACAAGUAUUAGAGGCAUCUCAAGAACUGUAUUCACGAGUUAUUCAGUCAGGAGCGAACGACAUCCAAGCGCAUCUCUUAUUCGGAUCCAAAGGAAUUGAUUUGCAACAAAUUUCUCAGAAACUUGAAACUUUAAGUUCUAAACGUACUUUCGAGCCUCUACAGCCUAUAGCAGACUCUGAUAUAGAGAGCUUCCUCAGAAAUGAAAGGGAAAAUGCCAUUUUAUCACUUAUUGAUGAGGUUAACAAAAAUUCCUUACAAACAACUGAAGAUCAAAAAUGGGAGCACAUGUUAUCAGAAUGGAACAGAGAAAAGAUUAAGCUUAUGAAUGCUAUGAUUGGUCCUUCACAAAACUGGCUUGAUCUAAAGCGAAACCCUGAGCCGCCAAGCAUUGCUGAUGCACCCAAGAAGUUUGGACAUUCUAUGCUGGACAACAUAGAAGCAGCUUAUGCCAGACAAGUGCAACAGUAUAAUAAGCUGGUAUUCCAGGGCUCUAAGUCUAGAACAGCCUUACAUUUGAAGUUUGCACAAGUUGCUGACGAAUUUAAUGAUUUGAAAGUUAAAGAAAUGUGGGAGAUCAUUAAGACAAUGGCCAACAUUCCAGCUUUAGUGAGAGAUGAAGAUCCUUUGAAAGCAAGAGGCAACAGCGCCAUACAACAAUGCCUUGUUGCUCAAGGAAAGAAAUAUUUGGAAAAAAGAUACAAACAAUACAUGAGCGACGUCGUGCGCGCGAACCCUGCGGCCGCCAUGCGCGGUGGCGAGCCGGGCACAUACCCUCUGGUCCGCGGCUUCGUGGGCCUCCGACUGCAGGGCCAGAACACACAGGUGCUAACUGACGGCGUCAUCGAUGAGCGCCCGCUGUGGCCGAUGGUGUACUACUGCCUUAGAAGUGGCGAUGCUAAUGCCGCCUUGCAUUGUUUGAGGAAAGCUGGUCGUGAUCAUGAAGAGUUCAUAUCUGCUCUUGAGGAGUAUAUUAAGAGUCCAGAGAAGCCACUUAGUGAUAAACUGCAGACUGCCAUCAACUUCCAGUACAGGAUACAAGUGCGCAACUCCACAGAUCCCUACAAGAGAGCCGUGUAUUGCGUCAUAGGUUGUUGUGAUCUCAGUGAUGAGCAUUAUGAAGUAGCGCGAACAGCCGACGACUACCUCUGGCUCAAACUGUCAUUUAUCAAGUCACGAGGAAACAACGAGAGUGAAACCUUCUCCUAUUCAGACCUACAGAAAAUGAUUCUUGAGGAAUAUGGUGAAACUCAUUAUCACGCAUAUGAGAAACCAGUAGUAUACUUCCAAAUGCUGACAUUGACGGGACAAUUUGAACCUGCGAUUGAAUUUCUGUCAAGGAUCCCUAGGUUCCAAGUUCAUGGUGUGCACAUGGCUUUGGCUCUUCACGAUGUCUAUAUGUUAGGCACACCACGCAACGUUCAAGCACCAUUAUUGUCCGUGGAUACCGAUGAUCCGCCACCACUACGUCGUCUAAACUUAGCUAGACUUUUGCUGUUAUACGUCAGAAAAUUCGAGCUUACAGACCCGUCUGACGCUUUACAUUAUUACUUCUUUUUAAGAAAUCUAAAAGACCCCAGUGGAAAGAAUUUGUUCAUGUGCUGCUGUACUGAUCUCGCCCUUGAGAGUCGUGACUACGAUUUGCUCUUCGGUCGCAUGGACGCCACGACUGGACUGCGCAGCACUGGACUCUUGGAUCAAUUCAACAACCCACAUAUUGAUAGUAAAGUAAUUGCUUUGAAUGUAGCAGAACAGUUAGUAAACAAAGGACUGUUUGAAGAUGCCAUAACUAUGUAUGAUAUUGCUGGGAACUUAGAGAAGGUCCUGGAGUUGUUCUGCGUGCUGCUGGCGCAGGUGGUGAACAGCGGCGGCGGCGCGGGCGGGCUGCGCCAGCGCCUGGCGCUGCUGGCCGAGCACGUCGCGCGGCGGCUGCGCUCCCCCGCGCCCGCGCCGCUGCCCGCCGCGCUGCUCGAGGCUUACACCAAGCUCUGCAAGCUCAUGACCUUCUUCGACCAGUUCCACAGCGAGAACUAUGAAGGUGCACUUGAGACGCUCCGCGAGUGCGAGCUGGUCCCGCUGAGCGCGGGCGAGCUGGAGGCGCGCGUGGCGGCGGCGCGCGCGGCCCGCGGCGAGCUGCUGCGCGCGCUGCCCGCCGUGCUGCGCGCCACGUGCAGCAUCCUGCUGGCGCAGCGCCAGCGCCUGCGCGGCGCCGCGCACGCGCAGCCACGACCCGCGCAGAACAACAAGCAAGUGGAAUGGUUGCGUGAACAAGCCGAAGUAUUAAAUACAUUCGCGGGUAACAUCGCAUACAGAAUGCCCGGCGAUACCUACAGCCAGCUAGCACAAAUGCAAAUACUGAUGCACUGAUAUGUAUUGUGAGAGAAACUUUGUUAAUUACGUAAAGAAAUAUUUUUAGUAUUAA